AUGGCAUCCGCAGCUCGCACUAUCACUCGGUUCGCCCCGAAGAACAUCUCCUUCACACCCCUCCGAAGGAACCUCACAACCGCCACACAUGCCCGGCCAUCAACAAAGAUAGCAUCUCCUAUCAGGCAGGCACCCCGCCGAGGCUAUGCAUCAGAAGCUCCUAGCGGCGGUAGCGGAAGGGGUAUCUUUGUUGGAUUGACUCUUGCCGCCCUCGGUGGUGCGGGGUACUACCUCUACUCCACCGAUCAGCUAUCAGCUAUCACCGGAUUGGCCGGCGGCAAGUCAAGCACAAAGCCCCCAGGCCCCUUCCAGCCCACCAAGGAGGACUACCAGAAGGUUUACAACGAUGUUGCAGAGCUCUUGGACAGCAAUGAUGAAUACGACGAUGGCUCUUACGGCCCAGUCCUUGUUCGUCUCGGAUGGCACGCCUCCGGAACCUACGACAAAGAGACCAAGACUGGUGGCUCCAACGGUGCCACCAUGCGGUUUGCCCCCGAGUCUGAUCAUGGGGCCAAUGCUGGGUUGAGGACUGCUCGUGAUGUUCUGGAGAAGGUCAAGGACAAGCACCCGUGGAUCAGCUACUCUGAUCUGUGGACACUUGCAGCUGUUGCGGCCAUUCAGGAGAUGGGCGGACCCAAGAUCCCAUGGAGGCCUGGACGUAACGAUAGGGACGUUGCCGCUUGCACUCCCGAUGGUCGUCUUCCCGAUGCUACUAAGGAGCAGAAACAUUUGAGAGAUAUCUUCUACCGCAUGGGCUUCAAUGACCAGGAGAUCGUGGCACUUUCCGGUGCCCACGCUCUUGGUCGGUGCCACACUGACCGAUCAGGUUUUGAGGGACCAUGGACAUUCUCUCCUACUGUCUUCACCAACGACUUCUACAAGCUCCUUAUCGAGGAGAAGUGGUCAUGGAAGAAGUGGAACGGCCCCAAGCAGUUCGAGGACGUUUCUAGCAAGUCCCUCAUGAUGUUGCCCACAGACAUGGCCCUCAUCAAGGACAAGGUCUUCCGCAAGCACGUUGAGGCCUACGCCAAGGACAACGAACUCUUCUUCAGGGACUUUGCAGACGUCUUUGCAAAGUUGUUGGAGUUGGGAGUGCCCUUCAAGCAGGAGGAGAAAUUCGUCUUCAAGGCCACCACCGACUAA